CUGUUUGCACUGGACGCCGUGUUUCCGUAUUUCACUUGAUCGUCAGACUUUGAAAUCUCGGGCAUCACAGAAAACUCCUUCUGUAUUAAUAUAGGUGUUUUAUUUUAUCCCUUUAUUUGGCCGUUAGUGUGGUCGUUCGUGAAAGUUACUCUCGUAAUAGUAAUAUUUCCGAGAACAUCGUAACUAGGCAGCGGUUGACAGGAGGCUGUCCUUGGCUUGCCGAGCUAGCCAGAGCGAGCUAAACAACGAAUAUAAAUCCUCUGCAUUAACUGUAUGUGAAGUUGUCGCUGGGUUGUGACAGGUUCUGUGUUUGCGUGGCUCCCUGCCCCCCUCAGGUCAGAGCUGAGGGUUGGGGUCAGAUCUUGGGCUAAUGUCAUAUAGUCCUGGUGAAGAGGGGGGUCUAUCUCAGGCUGCCCCAAACGUCAACACUCAAGACCUGUCUGACAGCCCCACUCAGACUGCGGCCACAGGGAGCACACCUGAGGAUCAGUUGUCGCCUGUGGUGGAUGAGGUCUCUCCUUCUUCCACGUCCUCCUUUGAGAUGCUUGACAUGGAGUCGGUCCCAGCUCCUUAUCAAGAAGUGCAGCCUCACUGGUUCUUCUGUCGACGGGCUGAAGACACCACCUCCUGGCUUCCUUUCAGCAGAGAAGACUCUGACAAACUAGAGAAUGCCUGCAACAUUGUAGGAGACGAGGAGGUGGUGGUAGCUGUGGAUGGAGAGCGGUAUGACGUACAUGUCAAGGAGAGGAAGCGCUACGCUGUGUAUUGGGAGCAAGCUCCCACUGAAGUCCGCCGCUGUACCUGGUUCUAUAAAGGAGAUAAAGACACCAGGUUCAUGCCUUACCCUGAGGACUUCAGCAAAAAUCUGGAGGAGGCCUAUAUGAUAGCAGUGACCUUGGACGAAUGGAAGAGGAAACUGGAGUUUCCCACUGGAGAGACUGUCAUCUUACACAAUCCCAAGCUGAUAAUGCAGUAUCAGCCAAUAGGAUUGCAGGAUGAGUGGGUGUCCUCCCCCUCGGAGCAGACCCGGCCUCGAACAGUCAAGAGGGGAGUGGACAACAUCUCUGUAGAAAUACCUGAUGGUGAACCAGAAAAGGUGGAUCAUCUUGUCUUUAUGGUCCAUGGCAUCGGUCCUGCAUGUGACUUGCGCUUCAGAUCCAUCAUACAGUGUGUAAAUGACUUCAGGAGUGCUUCCCUGUCCCUCCUGGCCUCUCAUUAUAAGCGUGCUCAGCAGGAUGGCCAGAUAGGAAGAGUGGAGUUCCUCCCAGUCAACUGGCACAGUGCUCUACACGGGGAUGCCACUGGUGUGGACGAGGACAUCCAGAGGAUCACACUACCCAGCAUUAGCAGGUUGAGACAUUUCACCAACGACACUCUGCUGGACCUUUUUUUCUAUAACAGCCCCACCUACUGCCAGACCAUAGUGGACACAGUGGCCUCAGAGAUCAACAGGCUGCACACCCUCUUUAAACAGAGACACCCGGAGUUCAAUGGGGCUGUUUCAGUAGUGGGCCAUAGCCUGGGUUCGCUGAUCCUGUUUGACCUGUUAACCAAUCAGAGGACUGGAUCAGAAUCCAGAAAGGGGGUGCCCUCUGAUGCGCCCUUUUCUUUGAACUGUGACACACUGGAGCAGACUCUGACCAGACUGGGCCUACAGCAAUACCUGGAUACACUACAGGCAGAAAACCUAGACCUAGAAUCACUGACUCUUUGCCAAGACAGUGAUCUCAAAGAUUUAGGAAUUCCUCUUGGACCUCGGAAGAAGAUCCUGAAGUACGUCAGGAGGAAGUGGCUUCCAGAGGAUUGUAAGACGGGGGCAGUACGUCUGGCACCAGGGUUGCAAGUUCCACCUCAAGUGAGCAGUGAUCACGAUGGUAAUCAGUCCUCAGCAUUGACAAUGCAGCAGUCCCAGUUCCACAGGGCGCAGUCUGUCACCAGUGCUGUAGACUACGAAUACUUUGACAUGGGCAUCGGACAGACCAAUGGAGGCAUAGCCAAGGGACAGGUAUCCAUUGAUUACCCACAGCUGGCUUUCCACCCCCAAACGUUUUUUGCUUUCGGGUCUCCUAUUGGAAUGUUCCUGACCGUUCGUGGGCUUAAACACAUCGAUCCCAACUACACCUUCCCAACCUGCAAGAGGUUUUACAACAUCUACCACCCGUAUGACCCUGUGGCCUAUCGGAUAGAGCCCAUGAUUGUGUCAGAGGAGGAUCUGGAGCCCAUGCUGAUCCCUCACCAUAAAGGCCGCAAGAGGAUGCAUCUUGAACUAAAGGACAGCUUGACCCGUAUGAGCAUGGAUUUGAAGAACAAUGUUUUGGGAUCAUUACGGACGGCAUGGCAGUCCUUUUCCAGACUACCGGUUGCUGCACUGCCCCCAGUGGAGGAAGGAGAAACCACAAUAGAGAGAGACCUUCAAGAGACGCAUGCCUCAGCGGCAGUCACAGCUUCUGCUAAGAGGGAAGAGAAAAGUGCUGAUUUUUGGACUAAAGUAUUGGAGUGGCCCAGGGCCCUUCAUAAGCAUUACUUCCAAGUAGUGUGUGAGGAGACAGAGUCCUCAGUGUCAGCAGAGCAGACAGAGCAGCCUGAGAUUAAAGUGGGGAUGCUGAAUGGAGGACGAAGGAUCGACUACGUACUUCAGGAAAAACCCAUCGAAAGCUUCAACGAAUACCUGUUUGCCAUCCAGUCUCAUCUGUGUUACUGGGAAUCUGAGGAUACAGCUCUCUUGCUGUUGAAGGAGAUCUACGACAAGCUAGGUGUGGCCUUUGAACAGCCACAACAGUAAUAAAGUUUUAUGAAUGUAGACUUGCUUUUUUAACAUGGCAGUAACCUGAAAGUGAUAAAAUGAAGGAUAGCUGACUGAGCCAGAGGCUGCACAAUCCUCUUCCAGAAUGCCUUACUGUCUGGGUGUUACCUGACUGCCCCGCCCUCUCCUCCCUUGACAGUGGAGACUGUUUUGCUGCAUCCUGGUGAUCUUGGUUUAGAUAUGUCACUCAACCUUAAUUUUGCGGUAACGGCGGCUUUUUGGUGUCUGAUAGUUGUUUCAAAUCCACCCAAACAUCACUGUCAUGCUCCGGGUUGCACUUUUCUGUCUUUUUUUUUUUUUUUUUGAGUCAUUCUUUGUUUUACUUUACUUUGCACUUUCACUUACCAACAGAUGUUAACAUAUCAUGCGUACAGCUGCAGCUGAAUAAUAUUGGAAAAAAAUAAGUAUCAUGAUAACCAGAAGACACACGCAGUACUUGUUCAGGUAUGAAAAAACACACAUCAACUUGCGUAUCAAGUAUGUUUAUCACAUUGAAAUACAUUUCAAACUUCUUUUCUCAUCUGCCAUUUCUAUGUAUUUGACACCAAAAAUAUAUUUAAAAAUGCCAUAAUAUAAUUAAAAAAGUAGAUGGUAAAUUUUAUAUAUUUUCCAGCCCUAUGUAUAGCCUCCAAAAAUCAGAAAUUUAGAACUAUACUUAGAAUUAACUAUAAUUCCUAUUAUGUGUGUUCAUCUCUGCCUGACCCUUUAAACUUCAAGCUCUCUUGACCAAGGAAGCUCUCUCCCUUAGCCCUUACCCUUAUAAAUUGCUGGAUCAGAUGGUUUAGUUUGGUUGACAAUAAAAUGUUUACUUUCUGAUUAGGAAAAUUAAGGUUAUUUUUGUCUGUUAAGGGUCCUCCUGGCAGCUAUAUUUUUUUCUGUCAACAUUAAGGCCAUUUGAAACCCAAAGCUGCUACUCCUACAUUUGUGCAAUGUAACAAUGUUGAUGUCACUCCUUUUUCAUUUCACAGAUGAAGUUCUGUACUGACACUAUCACUGAAAGUGAAGUUCAUCUUGCCUUCUAAUCAUAUUUUUAUUUCACUUGCAAUAUGUAUUUCACUGUGAUCGUAUGUACACUUGUAUCUAAAAGAAACAAACCUGAUGAAGAUUUGUCAGAAAUGCAGGUGCUUGAAAGGUCGAGCUGGUUGUCUUUUCAUUAUGUAUGUAUGUAUGUAUGUAUGUAUGUGUGUAUGUGUGUAUGUGUGUGAGUACAUAUGUAUGUAAUGUGUGUGAGUACAUAUGUAUGUAAUGUGUGUGAGUACAUAUGUAUUGUAGUAUGUAUGUUAUUGCAGUGUGCAAACUGUACAGAAAGGAAAGUUCCACUUUCUUUCCCGCAGGUCUGUGCCAUUUGUCCUUUACCACUUUCUUCUUUCUGCUGUUUUGCAGUUGACCCAAAACGUAUCCUUCUGUAAUUCCUAACAGCAGUAUAUUCUUUAUUCCGAUACAGACUGGCAUCUCACAUAGACAGUUCUAACUUUUGCAUAAUCUAUGGGCCAAAUGUUACAUGUUUCUCUCAUCUGUUCCUUUGUAUCAAGGUAUUGUAAGAUCAACUUUUCUAUCUGUAUUGCUUGCACUUCUUUGUUAUGUUAGAGCAGGGUUUCUCAACAUUUGCUGGUGAUGGACCCAUUAAUAAGAGUUUUCACAGUGAAAUCAUAUGAAUGUGAUUUAAAGAACUUAAAGCAAAUCAGUUUAUUUUAUAUACAAACAUAUACGAAACAAAUAUCAAUAUAUCAGUGUUACAAAUAUCACAAACUGCACCUUCAUAUCAAGCUACAUGGGGCCCAAACUACAAAGUUGAGAAACUCUUUAGAGUGAUUUAACUUUAUAAAUGACUCGUAUGUUAUGCACUGUCAGGGGACCACAGCCCCCAACCACCAAAGCUCUGAAUGACCUGUAUCUCAGCCCUCUGGGUGUAACAUCCGCACAACUGAUGAAUUAACCUAAUGGGGUUGUUCAUUUUUCUUCCUUUAGAAAUGCACUGAAUACUAAAUUAUCAUGUUGAUGUUUCCUUGAACCUCACCAUCUCUGUUUCUGUCAUUUUUAGUGUCUGAACAGUAAAACAGGACUUCGUGGUCCCUGGCUCCUCUUCCUUACCAUAACUACUGUUUUUUCACUUGAUACUAAUAUGUUGAUACAUACCAAAAAGCAAAUAUUCUCCUUUCUGAAUACAUACCCUAUGAAUGUGUGUUCAUGGUGUGUGUGCCAUAAUAAAACAUUACAAGUGU